AAUCAAAUGCGACUGCCUUCAAUUGGCCAAUAAAGGUUGACGACUCCAGUGUUCCGUUUAAUUGGACUAAAUGCUGUAGCAGCCUGCCUCAUGCCGCAAUGACAGCUGUUACAUGUUUUGAAGCGACAACUGUGCGGAGUAUAUAUGGCCUGAUCGACUCUACAACCACACGAUUCUUUACCCCGCUGGUGUUGAUGUGGGUGUCGAUUUGUUUUUCAAUCCCACGUGUUUGUCACGGAGCAAGGAUCAACGCAGGCACCGCGGAUUAUGCCAGAAUGAUGGGCUGGAUCACAGCAUGGUCCGUACCUUAUUUUAUAAAUCCCACGGCUCUUAUUAUAAUGGAACAUAAGCUGGCAUAUAAUAGACGCCCUAGGGAUACUUGACGGUACCUCCCGUAUUGUUGCCGUGUUCUGCGGCCAUUGGGAUCGAGGCUGCUGACUACUGAAUCUGGAUCCGUAUGCAAAUGCGACCAACAGACAAGGAGACAGCAACCCUUAUUGUCUAUUGCCAACUUUCAAUACUGAGGCGCAGGUCUAGAUGUGGUCUCGUGUCUCAUUUGUUGAAUUGCCGGCGGUUCGAUAGAAUAGGCCAGCAACCGGACAAAUGAACGGUGCUUGAUAUUUAUCUUCUCUUAUUACACUGAAAUGUGACAUCCUCCAUCAGUCCAUUUUCGUGCAUUAUUUAUUCCAGCACUUGCAUACCAAGCCAAUUGCUUGGUCUGUCCCAUAU